AUGCUGGGUCCAGCUGCUGGUGCUGCUGCAGCUGCGCCACCCAAUUUUAGAAUGGAUCCAUUCGAUAAGAAGAAGCUCAAAUGGUCGCGUUGGGUGGAACGGUUGGAAACAGCUCUUUCUAUCUACGGGGUUGCGGAUGUAGAGAUGCGAAGGAAUUUAUUGCUGCAUCAUAUGGGACCGGAGUCUUAUGAUGUCAUUUGCGACAAACUUGCACCCGCAUCCCCACGAACGAAAACUUUCCAGGAGAUUGUGCAAUUGAUGGAAGCCUAUUACAACCCGCAGCCGUUGGAAAUUUCCGAAAACUACCGUUUCAAUUGUCGGCGACAAGGUGAUAAAGACGCGGUUUCGGCGGAGGAGACAGUAGACGAAUACUUGGUGGCCUUGCGUAGAAUAGCCAUCACAUGUAAUUUCGAUCAGUAUCUCGAGAAGGCCCUACGAAAUCAGUUGGUUUUUGGAAUUAAGAGGAAUGAUAUUCGCAGCCGGUUGCUCGAAAAGCGGAAUCUUACUCUACAGGAUGCUCGAGACAUUGCUGUAGGCAUGGAGCUGUCCCGCAAAGGAGGAGCUGAAAUUGAAGGACAAUUUGUCAGGAGUGAUGUUCAUGUAGUUCACCGUCAACCGGAAAAGAAGAAAGUACAUAAAGACAGCGCUAAUGAUUCGGAAAAAAGUUGCUAUCGGUGUGGAGCAAAGUCGCACCUGGCGAACGUGUGUAAACACAAAGACACGGAGUGUUUGUUUUGCAAACAAACCGGACACCUUGCCAGGGUGUGCAUGCAGAAAACGAAAUCGGGCCAAUCCGCGUAUAAAAAUAAAUCGGCUCAAUCCAAUUAUGUUGAUCACACCGCGAAUGCUGAUAACAACGACGAGGUAAAAGUGCAGGAAGUGUGCGUCGUGGAUAAAACGUCGGGAAACGAAAAGUUUUGGUUCCAAGUACGCGUAAACAAAGUGGACAUGAAGUUUGAAGUCGAUACGGGAUCGCCGGUCAGCAUAAUCAAUGAGUGGUUUCGGGACAAAUACUUUUCAAAUGUGUGUUUACGGAAAAGUGAUUUGAGCCUCGUGAGCUACUGUGGCACCAGCAUACCUGUGCUGGGAGUGCUUGAUAUGGUUGUGGAAGUUCAGCACCAAUCGGUGGAGCUGCCGCUGUACGUCGCGAAAUCGGAUAAACAUCCAUUACUCGGUCGCGAAUGGUUGAAAGAAUUGCCAGUUGACUGGAAUACAGUGCUUCAAAACCCGAAUGUGGUGAAUGUACUCGCUGCUACGAUGUCCUGUCAAAAUGCUGCGUUGGGAAAAGUACUGGAUAAAUAUCCAAAAGUCUUCGAAGAGAAAAUCGGAAAAAUAUCGAGUGUCCAAGCUAAAUUGCCGUUGAAGGAGAAUGCUAAACCAGUGUACCUUAAAGCGCGAAAAAUACCGUUCAGUCUGCAAAAGAUCGUGGAAAUGGAACUGGAUAAGCUGGUUGCGGAAGGAGUGCUGACAAAAGUGAACCAAAGCAACUGGGCCACACCAAUAGUACCAGUAAAAAAGUCGCUGAACCGUGUUCGCAUAUGUGGCGACUAUAAGCAAACAGUGAACCUGAGCUUGGUGGUGGAUAAGCAUCCACUUCCCACAGUCGACGAGUUAUUUGCUUCACUUGCUGGUGGACAGAAAUUUACUAAAAUCGAUCUCGUUCAGGCAUACUUGCAGAUGGAGGUGGCUCCAGAGGAUAGGGAAAUUCUUACUUUAAGUACCCAUCGUGGCCUGUACCGUCCGAACCGGUUGAUGUAUGGUGUGGCAUCCGCCCCUGCGAUCUGGCAAAGGCAGGUGGAGGCCAUACUACAGGGAAUUGAUGGCGUAGGGGUAUUCCUGGACGAUAUUAAGAUUACUGCUUCUGACGAUAAAUCACACCUAGUUCGGCUAGACGAAGUUCUCCAGCGGUUGGACAAAUGCGGAAUCAGCGUGAACAAAGACAAGUGCGUUUUUUUUGCAGACCAGAUUGAGUACUGUGGGUACUUAAUUGACAAGGAGGGAAUUCACAAACUUCGAGAGAAAGUGGAUGCUGUUCAAGGUAUGCCGCAUCCAAAGAACAGAGAUGAGGUAAGAUCAUUCAUUGGAUUGGUCAAUUAUUAUGGCCGGUUCUUCAAGAACCUAAGUACAGUAUUGUAUCCCUUGAACAAUUUACUUAAAAACGAUGUAGCGUUCAACUGGAACAAAGAAUGUGAGCAAUCGUUUUUGAAGGUCAAGGAACUCAUACAGUCCGGCAAUACGGAUGCGGAGGAUACAAUCGAAGAGACUGAUGUCAUUGAGAUGAAUCAGAUUGACACAUUGCCACUAACUGCUGCUGAGUUAGCCCAAGCUACUUCCGAAGAGUCAUCACUGCGGGUCCUAAUCCAAGGCCUCAAAUAUGGGCAAACUGUUGAACCAAAGGACCGGUUCGGAGUGGAUCAAAAUGAAUUUUCUCUCCAGAAUGGUUGUUUGCUACGAGGAAUUCGUGUCUACGUCCCACCAAACCUCAGAAGACGAGUGCUUGAAGAACUUCAUAGCGCUCACUUCGGUAACACACGUACCAAAUCAUUGGCUAGAGGCUACUGCUGGUGGGUUGGAAUUGACCGGGAAAUAGAAGAGAUGAUUGCAAACUGUGCAGACUGUCAGGCAGUGCGAGCUGAACCAGCCAAGAUGACAUUACAUUGCUGGGAGCCACCAACGGAGCCAUUUCAAAGGGUCCACGUUGAUUUCGCUGGACCAUACUUGGAUACGUAUUUCUUCAUCUACGUGGACGCGUACAGCAAGUGGCCAAUCGUGAUGAUUUGUAAGUCUAUAACUGCUGAAAACACUAUCAACAUGUGUCGAGACAUUUUUGCUACCUACGGCAUACCGUCAGUACUGGUGAGUGACCACGGAGUUCAAUUCACUGCAGCAACAUUUCAGCGGUUUUUACAAAUGAACGGCGUUAUCCACAAGAUGGGCGCACCAUACCACCCUGCAACAAAUGGACAAGCGGAACGUUACGUUCAAACGAUCAAACAUAAGCUGAAGGCAUUGAAGUGUUCAAAGGCGGAGAUGAAUUUGGAGCUGUCAAACAUUUUAUUGACCUACCGGAAAAUGAUUCAUCCGGCCACCGGUAAGUCACCUUCGAUGCUUGUGUUCGGUCGCCAACUACGAUCGAGAUUGGAUUUGCUGUUGCCGAAGAAUGAGUCAAAAGGAAACAAGAAUUACGUCGUUCGUCAGUUCCAUGAUGGUGAUUCGGUGCGUGUCAGAGACUUUUUGUCCAACGAUAAAUGGAAGUUUGGGAAAAUUGUCGAGAAGGUUGGGAAGUUACGUUACAGCGUUCGUCUGAACGAUGGCAGAAUCUGGGAACGCCACAUUGAUCAUAUUGCUGGAGUUGGAGCCAAUCUACAAGGAAAAUCGUUGGAUACCGUUAGAAACGAGGUAGCCGUUGAACGGUAUAUGCCGGUAACUGAAUCGUCUGCUUCGAUGAACUCUCCUGCAAGGUCUGUAGUAUCGGAAGAAGAAAUUGUAGGUACCACACCGAUGACCGUCAAACUGUUGAAGGUAACAGUAGUAGCAUGCCCCUAA